CGCUCCCCCCCCCCCCCCCCCCCCAAAAAAAAAAUCCCAGAAGCAAAAUGCCCGCUUUCAUCCUUUGGGGUCGGUCCUGUUAAGCUUUGCCAGAGGAGAGAGAAAGAGAGAUCCCCUCUUGCAGGCACGGUGCGGGGAGCUCCAGCAACCCAACCUUGCCUAUGGGAAGUUUGGGGGGCUUGGCAGAAGCAGCGGCAGCAGCAGCAGGUAUUAGUGUGAGGAGAGCUGAAGUAAUGAGAAGUCAUCAUGGAGGCUCAGUCCCAUAGCUCUGCCACAACUGAGAAGAAAAAAGUUGAGAAUUCCAUAGUGAAAUGCUCCACUCGAACAGAUGUCAGUGAGAAAGCUGUUGCCUCCAGCACAACUUCCAAUGAGGAUGAAAGUCCUGGACAGACCUAUCACAGAGAGAGAAGAAACGCAAUCACAAUGCAGCCACAAGGUGGGCAAGGCCUCAGUAAAAUCAGUGAAGAGCCUUCAACAUCUAGUGAGGAAAGGGCCUCAUUAAUAAAGAAGGAGAUCCAUGGAUCUAUAUCGCAUCUUUCUGAGCCUUCUGUACCUUAUCGUGGGACGGUUUUCGCAAUGGACCCCAGGAAUGGUUACAUGGAUCCUCAUUAUCACCCGCCUCACCUUUUUCCACCAUUCCACCCUCCUGUGCCAAUUGAUGCAAGACAUCACGAAGGACGUUACCAUUAUGAACCAUCUCCCAUUCCUCCACUGCAUGUGCCUUCUGCCUUAUCUAGUAGUCCAACAUAUUCAGAUCUUCCCUUCAUUAGAAUUUCCCCACACAGAAAUCCAGCUGCAACAUCAGAAUCUCCCUUCAGUCCUCCUCACCCUUACAUUAACCCUUAUAUGGACUACAUCCGAUCACUGCACAGUAGCCCAUCUCUGUCCAUGAUCUCGGCAGCCCGUGGACUCAGCCCUACGGACGCACCACAUGCUGGAGUCAGUCCAGCUGAAUAUUACCAUCAGAUGGCUCUACUGGCAGGUCAGCGCAGCCCAUAUGCAGAUAUCAUUCCUUCGGCCGCUACUGCAGGAGCUGGUGCCCUUCACAUGGAAUACCUUCACGCCAUGGAUAGUGCCAGGUUUCCGAGUCCAAGGCUGUCAUCUAGGCCAAGUCGAAAACGUACCCUGUCCAUAUCACCCCUGUCUGACCACAGCUUUGACCUUCAGACCAUGAUACGGACAUCUCCAAACUCCUUGGUCACAAUUCUCAAUAAUUCUCGUAGCAGUUCUUCAGCUAGUGGUUCCUACGGCCAUUUAUCUGCAAGCGCAAUAAGUCCUGCUCUGAGUUUCACUUACCCUCCCACACCGGUAUCCCUCCAGCAAAUGCAUCAGCAAAUUAUAAGUCGUCAGCAAACCCUAGGAUCGGCCUUUGGACACAGCCCUCCGCUCAUCCAUCCUGCUCCAACUUUUCCUACCCAGCGACCUAUCCCAGGCAUCCCUAGCGUCUUGAACCCAGUCCAAGUCAGCUCUGGUCCUUCCGAGUCUGCACAGCAGAAUAAACCCACAAGUGAAUCUGCAGUGAGUAGCACUGGGGAUCCAAUGCACAACAAGCGUUCCAAGAUAAAACCAGAUGAGGACCUUCCCAGCCCAGGUGCAGGAAAUAUGCAGGAACAGCCAGAGGGAAUGACCCUUGUAAAGGAGGAAGGGGACAAAGAUGAAAGCAAGCAGGAGCCUGAAGUCGUCUAUGAGACGAACUGCCAUUGGGAAGGCUGUUCGCGAGAGUUUGACACGCAGGAACAGCUAGUGCAUCAUAUAAACAAUGACCACAUACACGGAGAGAAGAAGGAGUUUGUGUGCCGAUGGCUGGAUUGUUCCCGGGAGCAGAAGCCGUUCAAAGCCCAGUAUAUGUUGGUGGUACACAUGAGGAGACAUACAGGGGAAAAGCCACACAAAUGCACUUUUGAAGGUUGUACAAAGGCCUACUCCAGGCUAGAAAACUUGAAAACCCACUUGAGAUCUCACACUGGAGAGAAACCAUAUGUGUGUGAGCAUGAGGGCUGCAACAAAGCAUUCUCUAAUGCCUCCGAUCGGGCCAAGCACCAAAACAGGACUCAUUCCAAUGAGAAACCAUAUGUUUGCAAGAUACCAGGUUGCACAAAGCGCUACACAGACCCCAGUUCUCUGCGGAAACACGUGAAGACUGUGCACGGCCCCGAGGCCCAUGUCACCAAGAAGCAGCGUGGAGAUAUUCAUCCAAGGCCUCCACCACCACGAGACCCAGGCAGCCAUUCUCAGUCCAGAUCACCAGGCCAGCAGACUCAGGGUGCAAUUGGCGAGCAAAAGGACCUCAGCAGCACUACCUCAAAGCGUGAAGAAUGCCUCCAAGUGAAAGCUGUCAAGUCAGAGAAACCAAUGACAUCUCAGCCAAGCCCUGGUGGUCAGUCUACAUGCAGCAGCGAACAGUCCCCAAUCAGCAACUAUUCCAACCAUGGGAUCGAGCUUAAUCUGACCAGUGGAGGUAGUGUAGGAGACCUCAGUGUCAUUGAUGAAACCCCAAUCAUGGACUCUACCAUUUCCACAGCAACCACAGCACUUGGCUUACAGGCCAGGAGGAACAUGACAGGGACAAAAUGGAUGGAGCAAGUCAAAUUAGAAAGGUUGAAACAAGUUAAUGGAGUGCUUCCAAGACUGAAUCCCAUUCCACCUUCAAAAGCCCCAACCUUGCCACCUCUCAUAGGAAAUGGUAUCCAGUCAAGCAGCAGUUGCAGUUUAGGAGGAUCCAUGACUAUUCUACCCAACAGAAAUGAAAUUUCAAGUAUGGACAUUACAGUGUUAAACAUGCUGAACAGGAGGGACAGUAACACCAGCACAAUCAGUUCUGCCUACUUGAGUAGCCGUAGGUCCUCUGGAAUUUCACCUUGCUUCUCCAGCCGGAGAUCCAGUGAUGCUUCCCAAGCUGAGGGAAGGCCUCAGAACAUGAGUGUUGCUGACUCCUAUGACCCCAUCUCGACUGAUGCCUCCAGGAGAUCCAGUGAAGUGAGUCAGUGUGAUGGCCUACCGAGCCUACUCAGCCUCACCCCAGCCCAGCAAUACAGGCUGAAAGCUAAAUAUGCAGCAGCUACAGGUGGACCGCCACCCACUCCUUUGCCUAACAUGGAGAGGAUGAGCCUCAAAACAAGGAUGGCACUUUUGGGUGACUGCAGGGAGUCUGGAACAUCUCCUCUGCCCCCAGUAAAUGCUCCUCGAAGAUGUAGUGAUGGUGGGACAAACAGUUAUAGCAGGAGGCAUUUUCUGUCUCAUGAUGUGCUGGGAAAUGGGACAAGGAGAGCCAGUGAUCCAGUAAGAAUGGUCUCCGAGAACCUUUCUCUGCCUAGAGUCCAGCGAUUCAACAGUCUUAAUAGCUUUAACCCUCCUGUUUUGCCUCCAUCUAUGGAAAAGCGAAACUUUAUUCUUCAGAACUAUACCCGCUCUGAUGGUGGCCCACUCCGUAAUGUCUACUCCCCAUGUCCUCCAAGUAUCAGUGAGAAUGUAACCAUGGAGGCUGCUACCAUGGAAGCAGAUGGCAGUCUGAAUGAUGAGGAUCUCCUGCCAGACGAUGUGGUUCAGUAUUUGAAUUCCCAGAACCAGGGCAUGUAUGACCAUUUGCCAAACAAUGUCCUGGACACCAACAAAAUGAAUCAUGGCUCAGUGAUAGGGAACAACAACUUUGACCAGGCCCCUUUGCCACCCAGUCAACAGACCAGCUCUGAAGCAAACAAAAGCGACUUGCCAAUUCAGUGGAAUGAAGUAAGUUCAGGAAGUUCUGAUUUGUCGCCUUUACGAAUGAAAUGUGGUGCACGCUCUGCAGUCCAACAAACUCGAGUCUUCGGACUAUAUAACAAUAUGAUGGUCCAGCAGCAGAACCUGGAGAGAAACGGUGUGGCCCAACAAAAUGGCUACCCACAUCUUGGGGAAAACAACAAUGCCUACUGUUUACAACAGAAUAUGAUUAUCAGCAACACUACCACCACUAACUCGUUCAACAUGCAGGCAAAUAAGGCACAGCCAUAUGGUGAAAGCAUCACCAGGCAAGCAAUGAUUUCUGGGACAAUGGACACUUCGUGUGGCAUGGUGCUUCAAGGGCAGAAGCUGAGGAACAACAGCAUGCUAAUAAAUAAGAACCAGCAAAACUUUGGCCAGCCCAUGGUGCCAGGUGAGCAAUCUGUCAGUAUGGCUAAUGGGAUGCAGAGCAGAAAUGCAAUAGAAGAGGAAUAUCUGCAAAAUCAACCAGUAGGGGAAAGCAUCCAUUAUCAGGGAGUCAAUCAAGCCAAUCAAAUGAUGUUAGGGCAGGUUAGUCCUACCUCACAAAUCAGCCUUUGUCAAGGGCCACAGAGUUGUCCACCAAUGUCUCACAACAUUGGAAACCAGCAAUCAGGUUUGAUGAUGACAAAGGGUUACCAGCCAUGUGCCAAUUAUGGAGGCAACAGACGGCAAAACUUGCUGAGGAACAGUUUGGCACAACAGCAAGGGUUUAUAAGUGAUGCAAACCACACGUACAGGGUAAAUGGCAUUAAGAUGGAGAUGCAAGGUCAAUCACAACAAUUUUGCUCUAAUAUGCAGAAUUACUCUGGUCAGUUAUAUGACCAAUCCAUGGGCUUUAGUCAGCAAGCUAUGAAAACAGGCUCUUUCUCCAUUUCGGAAGCUAACUGCCUGCUGCAGGGGACUGGUAAUGAAAACUCGUCUGAGCUUCUUUCCCCAGGGGUUAACCAGGUGACAAGCACAGUUGACAGCAUUGACAGCAACAGCCUGGAAGGUGUGCAAAUUGAUUUCGAUGCUAUCAUCGAUGAUGGGGACCAUGCCAGCUUAAUUUCAGGAGCCCUGAGUCCGAGUAUCAUUCAGAAUCUCUCACACAAUUCUUCACGCCUCACCACUCCCCGAGCGUCUCUUACAUUCCCGGCUAUGCCUGUGAGCACAACAAACAUGGCUAUUGGGGACAUGAGUUCUUUGUUGACUUCACUUGCAGAAGAAAGCAAGUUUCUUGCUGUUAUGCAAUAGACAUGGGGGGAAAAAAACUUAGGAGAUAAUCCAUAAAAAGUGACUGUUUUUUUAGUUCUGUAUGUAUUUUAGCAAUCUCAUCUCACCUAAAUGGGAUGUGUUUCAAGUAUAUUCCUUUUAUGGAAUAAGGACUCCAAAAACCCUAAAGUAUUCUAGGGAGAAACUGUCUUCCAUUUCAGUUUUGAAACAGUAUUGUUAGACCCACUCUUCUCUCUCUCUUUUUUAAAUGUCUGUAUACUUUUUUCUUUUUUUUUAUUGUAAACCAAUGUAAACGUGUGAGGUGCAUGUUUUGUUUUGUUUUUUAAAGGUCUAAUGAAAUGACUUUGCAAUUUUCUUUUACUCAAAGGAAACACAAUCCUGUAUGAUUGUUGGCAGUGUUUUUAUUUAUGUAGGCACAAAACAAGCAGGCACGAUAUACAGAGUACAUACAGUGAGUAAAGAGAGCAUCCAUGAGUGCAUUGCUGUAAGAUAGACAAAAUCCUCAAACAAACCUACUCAUACUGCUCCCUGAUCAUGUUCUCGAAACUGUGUGGCAAAGAAUAUCUGGGGCUUGUGCAAAUAAGAAAUGCAAAAGCAUCAAACUUUUUUGUCACAAACAAGUAUAUGUGUAUGAUACACACCCACACUUAUAUGCGCACAGAGACCUUGAAUUGCAUGGGGAGGGGGAGGGUAAAAUUAUCUUUGUGAAAACAAUUCACAUAUGUAGCAGAAUCUGGUAUACAUUUUUUCAGACAUUAUUCAAUGAGAGGAGAACAAAAAUAAAUGGUGUUUGGUAAUUGAGUAUUUUUCAUACUCUUCAUCAAAUACAGUAUUAAUUAUUGUAAUAAAAUGGUACACAUUGUUACACCUUGUUCUGCACUCUUGAAACUAGUGGAAGUUUGGGCAUAUGCUUUAGUGAGUGCAGAAACAGGCUCUAAGGUCCAGAUGUUCAAAGGUUUUUGAGUGCGUAACUCCCAUUGAUUUUAUUGAGAGUUAGGUGCCUAAAUACUUUUGAGGAUCUGGACCUAAAUCCAUAAGGUAGCCCAAUGUCAUAUUCAUUCAGUUAAAUAAUUGUACCACUGAGAUUUAAAAUCAGCUACUCUUUAUCCACAGAGCAAUUGCUUCUUCAUAGUUAUUUAGUAUAAAUCUUCCCUGUUCAUGAUACAUAAACGCCUAUUGACAUAGUAAAGAGUAAUAACUUCAUAACAAACACUAUGUUAAUCCAUGGAAAAAAAGAUCACAGAUUGACAUUGACCUAAUGGGCCAUAUUGAUUCCUGAGAAUCACAAUGGUGAUCCUAAUACAUGCCCAGAGCACUAUUUUUAUACUUUUAACAAUUUAAAUCUAAACUUCUGAUUUAAAAAAGGCUAACAAAGUGUCAACUAAUGAGAUGGCAUUCUGGUAUGAAGAGUCUUAACUAAAGCUAAAGAUGCAAGAUAAAGUCCUUGGCAUCCACUUCCUCUCAUUUUGAUUCAGUUCACUGGACCAUGUUCUGCUUUGUCAACCCUUGCCAGAACUGAACUUAAUACCAUUGUGAUUUCAGUGAAGUUACCCCAGACUUAAACUGCUGUACAAGAGGCCAGAAUUUGGCACUUUGUAUUGUUAGUUAUCACACUUUGUAACUUAGGGCCUAUUUCUGCUCCCCCUAACACAGGCAAAGUUCUGAUAGAUGCAGGAGUCCUGAACACCUGAGGGUAAAAUUAACACCUUUGCAGAAGACCUUCACAAGGUCUGUUCCCUACAUAAGUUGCAUGGAAACCCUCUUUUGAAUACUUACAGGGAUCUUAAAUGAGGGCUAAAAGUUAUCCCCUCCCUGUCUGUAUGAAUGAAUCUCAGCCACAAAGAGUAGAUUUGUUGAGGAAGCGUGUACUUAGAUGGUAGUCACAACAGGAGCAUGCUUCAAAUUCUAGCAUAGACAGAGCGUUACAAAUAACAUCGGCAUGUGAGUUUCACAUCCCUAAAACCUCCGUUAUUGUUCUUAUUCAGCAGAAUUCAUAGUAAAAUGAAGCCCAGCUGAUUUAGGUUUCUCGUAAAUAUAUGCAAACAGAAGCUCUGUCCAUAGAAUACAACGGCUGCUCCAUCAAGAGCCAUACGAGUCCAGAGAUGAAGUAUGAAAUGUAAGAGGGAGCUAGUACUGGGAUUGUGUAUGUGCUCAUGACAGUCUGGGGCACUGUGUUUGUAAGUAGCUUACAGGUGAGAUGUUUUGCAAUGGAGAGCCAAAAAACAAGAAAUAUAUAUAUGCCAGUAGGAAUAAGGCCCUUCAGCAGUAGCCCUAUAUCUUUCCUAACCCAGAUCCUAUCUCCGUUGUCUCCUCAUAGCUGUAACAAGCAUUCCUUCCAGAGCUGACACUUGGGCAUUAGCAGACUGAGCCAUUGCUCAGGGCCAUGAGCAACUCAUGAGGCUCCCCUGCUUGUUUUUUAUCAUAAGCAUGUGUCUGUUUUACUGUUGUAGGGAGAGGGGCCCAAAAUAUUCCUACACAGAGUCCCCAAGGAGCUAUGCCUUCCAUGCUCCUGUUCAUUGGCUCUUCCUCCCUCUGCCAUCUGCCUGCCUAGACUCUCCCUCCACUCCAGGCUGGUUCUCUUUCAAACCAUAUUGCUUGUAAUCCCUGUGCAAGUCAUCACCUAUGUUGCUCCCCUGCCUAAGGAGGAAGCAGGUUGCCUGGGGAUUGAAGGGAAUAUGGCUGGGGAAAGGAGCCUGCAUGUCAAGUCAUUUUUCUGCAGUGGAUACACAGUGGAAGUCAAAACUUGUUGCUCCUGCUUUUCUGUGGCUGGAUAAUAUCCCACAUUCUUAGAAGAGUGGCUCUGGACGACCCUUUGAAAAUAGUCUGUUUCCUAGCAUUAAGUAGCUAUAAAGUGGCAAGUUCUUUAAGGAUUAUUCGCAAUUGUCCAUAGCAUUCAGUCAAAAGUACGUGGAGUACUAUUAAAUUACAACAUUUACUGCUCCGGGUAUCACCUUCACUUAGGUGCUAAGAAGAUAUCACAAUACCUAAUCAGAGUUCCCAUCUCCUUGUAUGAUCCCUCCCAUAGCAGGAUCAAUCAACUGAGACACUGAAACUAGUAAUCCUCUAUGUUAAAAAAGAGGGUGUUAAAAAAAAUCCAAAGCAUUCUUGGUGAGGAGAGUGUCCAUGUUAGAACACACUUUCCUCCAGUGUUCUGAUGGUCUUCAGGGCACCUUGUCUGAUUUCCCUGAGAAGAGAGGGACUAUUUAGGGCCACUGAUCAUGUUUUAUAUUUAUUGGGGAGGGGUUCCAUUCAGAAAAGGUUAGUAAAUAAUGAAUUGCUGGUUCAAACAUGUUACAGAUAUGAGCGGUAUGUGUUAUGGAAGCUCAGUAACCGAUGGUACUACAGCUGCUGACAAUACUAAUGAUGCCUCACUUGUAAAUAGUGCUUUUCACAGUAGGGCUCAAAGCACUUUACAAAGGAUGUCAAUAUCAUUAUCCCCAUUUUACAGAGGAGGAAACUGAGACAGAAAAUGCAAAAGUGACUUGGCCAAGGUCACCCAGCCAACCAAUGGUCAAGGUGGGAAACAAAAUCAGGAUCUAUCGAGUCCCAAUGUCAUAAACAAACAAGUGACUAAUUAUUAAGAUAUCUAUUAAGCAUUUAUAGACUAUUUAUAUAUGGGAGCUUAAUAUAAAAUCUUACUAGUGUUGGCACUGAUGGCUUGGGGAACUCUCUUGGGGAGCCAGGUCUGCUAAAAUUCUUGUUUAAUUUUUGCUUUUAACCUUUAGAUAUAAAAUAAUCCACUAUUAAUUAGCAUAAUUGACAACUAGGUAAAAACAGAGUUCAUAGAUUUUUCCAGGAGAACAGCCCCUUAAAUAAUCUUGUGUGUUUUCCUGUAUAUCACAGGCCAUUCAUUUUUUCCCAGUUACCCCUUGCGUGGACCCAGGAACUUGUGUUUGUGUUUAGCGAAAGCAUAGCUCUCAGAAAGCGCUGUUGAUUUGAUGUCAUCAAGAGAUGGAGGAUCCAUCAUUUCCCUUGGUAGUUUGUUCCACUGGUUAAGCACACUUCUGUUUAAAAUGCUGUGCCUAAUUUGUCGCUCUUUGGUCUUAUGUUUUUCUUUGCUAGUUUAAAGCGCUCUGUAGAAUCCAGUAGUUUCUCCCAACAAAGGUACUUCCACACUGUAUUUAAGAUACCUCUCACUCUUCUUUUGAGAAGCUGAAUGGCUUGAGCUCAUUAAGUUUGUCACUAUGCAGCGUUUUCUCCAGCCCUCAAAUAUUUUUUCUCUCUUUUCUGCACUCUCACAGUUUUUCAACAGCCUUGUUAAAUGGUGGGCAGCAGAACUAUUACAUAAUAUUUUAGUGUAGAUCUCAUCAGUGUCAAAUACAUAGGGAAAAUAAUCACACUUCUGCACUUCUACUCCUUUGCUUAAACAGCCAAGAAUCACAUUAGCCCUUUUUACCACACCAGUUAGUAUUUCAAGGAAAGUUGGCUACCAGACUCCACACACUCUCCACCCCCAAUAACUAUACCAAGGUAAAUGUCGUUUUUAAUGGGAGCCUGUCACUCAGAAUAGCAAUAGAAUCACUAUCAUUCUAAAAACUGGUGUGUUUCUUCUCUCCCGCCUGACCUUAAGUAUAGCUUUUUGGUCCCUUCAGGUUCCAUCUUGUUUGUCCUUAAGAGCAUUGCUUUCAUUUGACAUGCAUGAUUUACUUUUGUCAAAAUGGAAAACCUGCUUAUGCCCUUCUGUAUUUUCAAUUGCAUCCAUCAGGUACACUAUGACAGGUACUUUUGGGGGCAGCGAAGGAGAAGUCCAGAGUGGGUUUGAUAUUAAGCACUGUGGAUAUGGAUAUCCCAACAGCAGUAUAGAAUUUUAACCCUCUCCCUGGCAAACUCCUAAAACGGUACUUGCAUUUAAGGUUGGCUUUGUUUCUUUCAUUUUUAAGAUGAAAUUGGCAGAAUAAUGCCCAUGUUACACUACAGCUUGUCCUAUUAAACAACAGUGUUUCUAUUCUCAUGAUGUAUGUGCCUUAGUUUGUGUUGAUCCUGUAAAAAGAGAGGGACCAAGAACUAUUGCCAAAUGUUAGCUACAAGGCUGUGCUUGCCAUUCAGCUAAUAGCACGUACCACUGUUAAUAGUGUCUGAAAUGUCUUGUAAACCUCUGGUAUUCAUGUGUUAUUGUUCUUGAAUUGAUAGAAUGUCUUAAAAUUUACCGUUGUCACUCCUGCAGAUGUGUAAGAUAAAAGUGUUCAUUUUCACCUUUUUUUUAGAUUUUUUUUUAUAAAAUUGUAAUCUUUUUUAAAAUGUGUAAAUACAUUUACCUACAGUAGGAAUAGUAUGCAGAUGUUAUAGGCCUUAGUGGUCUUCAUUUGAUAAACCUACAGUAAUGAUCUGUUAUUUCCCGAGCCUUAGAUCAAUCGGAAGGGUCUGUAGCACUGUGUACAUAUAAACUGUACUUUUGCUCUCAGAACCAUAGCUCUUUUGUAACAAAGAAAAAAUGUUUCUUACAAUGUCAAUAAAAACAAAACCUUUGUACUGAAG